GCCACCAUCUCAACAUCUCAACAAGUCAUCCUCUCGAGGGUCUCCUACAUCCAACAUGUCGAAGAUCACACAGGCGAUAGAACUCCUCACGAAAACCGUAGAAAAGUACAUUGCAAGAGAAGAUGUCUGGGAAACCAUGACCAAGAAGGAACUUGCUGACCUGCUCCGCAAAGAGUACCCUGAGGCAGACGGUCUCUUCAAAAAGCUGGAUGCUGAUGGUGGUAGCCAAGUUACAUUCAAGGAGUUUGUUGAUAUCGCAACAGACUCCAAACUGAUGUCCAGCACCACGUCAGAUAUCACAAAGGCAAUGAAACUCUUCAAGGCUACCUUCGAUGCGUACGCUCAAAAGGACUCAAGCAAAAACACAAUGAACAAAUCAGAGCUGUGUGCGCUGCUCAGCAAAGAGUUUACUAGCGCACCCUCAGCCGCAGACGUUAGCCGUCUCCUCCCCCAGCUGGAUGGCGAUAACGGUGUUGUUUCUUUCAACGACUUUGUCACUGCUGUUGUCUUAAACUUUGAUGUGUAAGGUUAAGAAUAAAUAAUUUAGUCACAUUGCAUUAGAGCUGGAUAAGAAUGGCAGUGUUGUUACUUUCUAGGAGUAUGACAAUUCUGUAACAGCCUUCACUGUGAUGUGCACUGGCAAAUAAAUAAUU